GGCGAAAGUGCCACUGGAAAUAAUUGAUUAGCUACCAGUCAAUGAUAACUUGUUAGUAAUCGUCAAGUGUUUGGAGCUCGCCAUUUUCAGGGAGGCUUCUUCUUCUUCUUCUUCUUCUUCUUCUUCUUCUUCUUCUUCUCGCUGCAGCGGACUCCAGACCCAGGAGCACUUUGAAGGCAUCCCGUUUUGGAAUAAGAUCGUCCACGAUCGUCUUCCUCUGUUAUGUGACUUUUCCCCGCACCCGUCUCCCCUGCGUAGCCUCACUCAAGAGUUGAUUUCCCCCCCCUCCCCGCCCCCCCACCCCAACCGAGUCCGACUCACCUCACCGCCAGUGAUGACAUCCAAAGAAGUGGCCAAGUGUGAUGCGGGGGAAAACAGGAGGCGAAGCCCGCUGGACCACUUGCCGCCCCCUGCCAACUCCAACAAGCCGCUGACCCCCUUCAGCAUCGAGGACAUCCUCAACAAGCCGUCCGCCAAGCGAAGUUACACCAUUUGUGGCACGGCUCAUCUCAUUUCGUCCAACGAGAAGCACCGCGCCUCCAGCCUGCCGCUGUCCAGCCGGGCUCUGCUCACCCAAACCUCGCCGCUGUGCGCCCUGGAGGAGCUGGCCAGCAAAACCUUUAAGGGGCUGGAAGUCAGCGUGCUACAGGCGGCAGAAGGCCGGGACGGCAUGACCCUAUUCGGCCAGAGAACCACCCCGAAGAAGCGCCGGAAGUCCCGCACGGCCUUCACCAACCAUCAAAUCUACGAGCUGGAGAAGCGCUUCCUGUACCAGAAGUACUUGUCCCCGGCCGACCGGGACCAGAUCGCCCAGCAGCUCGGCCUGACCAACGCGCAGGUCAUCACGUGGUUUCAGAACCGCAGGGCCAAGCUAAAGCGGGACCUGGAGGAGAUGAAGGCGGACGUGGAGUCGGCCAAGGCCAUCGGCCAGGUGCCCUUGGACAAGCUGGCCAAACUGGCCGACCUGGAGAAAUGCGCCAACGGCACGCUGGGCCACCCGCGAGUCGAGUCCCCGGCGCGGGGAGGCCAGCAGCGGGAGCUCGACGUGGGCCAGAAACUGAGGCGCUCCCCGCUGUCGCCCUUCUCAGACCACACGACGAGCAAAGAGUGCUCGGAGGACGAGGACGUGGAGAUUGACGUGGACGACUGAUGCGUGCAAGCGGGCGACCACAGCAAAAAAAAAAAAAAAAAGACCACGGGCGCGAACACCGUCCACCACUUACUUGUAGAACUUACUGCUUAUAUUGCGUACCACUUUUCAGAACAUGUACCAAAAUGUAAUUAUACUUUUAUAUGGGCACACGUAAGCAUGGAUACACGACAAGAAGAAAUAUGCAGUGGUAAUUCACGAUAUGAACCAACAGUCUUUGCAAUCACAGCAAUAUGGUCAACAAUGACACGUCUAACUUAUUAUUAUUAGUAGUAUUAUUAUUAUUCAAACACACACACAUGCACCUGUCCGUUCCAUUACUUUUCAAAGGGCCUCGCCCAAUUAUGUUUUGCAUGCAAAUGCAUGAUUUGAUUUGUGAUUACUAUUCUAUUUAUUUAUUAUUAUUUUAUUUUAUUUUUUUAAUGUUUUUUGUUGUUGUUGUUUUUGUUCGGGUUUCGCGAGCUAGUGCAGGCUCCCCUCCUCUUUUCACCUUGUGCCGCAGUGCAUGAAGAUUGGGACUUUUUUUUUCUUCCUCUCUCGAUACGAUGAUGCAUUUCAUUGAAUGGCGAGAAAAUGACUUUGUUAU